CAAUAAUGAAGUGAAUUACAGAAGCUCUCCGACAGAUAUUUUGUUGGAAAAUAAAUUAUCAUCUGCUUCAUUAGAAAUUAAUUAUAGCUUAGAUAAUGAAAAUCUUGCAAAUAAGGAAUCUAAAAAGAGUAAAAAGCACAAUAUUCUAAAAACUGUAAUUUCAAACUGUAAUAGUGAAAAUAAAAUGCCUAUGAUUUCCCAAGACCGUUUUAGAGUAAAGAAUCUGCUAAAUUCUUUGGACUUACUUGACUCUGAAAAAUCAUCUUCUAUUAUUAAAACUGACCGUAAUUUAAAACGUUUUAAUUUAAUGAAGUAUCUAACCAAUAAAGAUCCUUCACUAAAAAAUCAUCCUAAUUUUAAAAAAAUAAAUGAGCAUUUGUCUAAAAAAAUCAAGCAAGCUAUAAAUAAGGAAUGUAAAAUGGGAGCAUCGGAUAUUUUAUUGUUAAAAACAGUUGGGAAAAUUAUUUUGAAAAAAAUUGUUGAAAAAAUUGAUGCUGCACAGGAUUUAAAAGGUUUAAUAAUAAGAUUACCACCUGAAUGUUGUAAAAAUAAAAUUCAUUUUUUGGAGACUACGUUAUGUAGAUUACCAAAUAAACACAAAAUGGAUAUUAUAAAGAAGCAAAAUCCUCUGAUCAAACUAGGAGUAUUUAAUAAAGAUGAAGAUAAUAUGAUUCAGGAAUAUUGGUCAAAAUUUCAAAAGGAAUACAAUAUUUCAAAUAUUCUACCAUUCUUAUCCAAUGGAUUAGAAAUGGCUUUGAGUCCUAUAGAAAGAAUGCAAUUUAUCCGUUAUAUAUCAGCUGGACUUCCUAACCGAUUAUUAUAUUCUGUUUAUAAUAGAUUCAAUUUGCUGUUUAACAAAUACCAAAACAAAACACCUUUUAGUGAAGAAGAAGACCAAUUAAUUAUGAAAGUAGACAAGUGUGAUGCAAUUAAAAACAAAUUUUCAGUACUAAGUUUAAUUUUAAACAGAACUAGAAUACAGCUUUACAGAAGACUUGAAGUUUUAAACGAUCAACAUAUCAAAUGUAAAAAACUUUUUUGGGACGAUCAAAUGCGUCAAGAAUUAUUUACAAAAAUUCUAUUAGUAACAAAUACAGAACACUGGAAAGAUUUGAAAAAACGGACAAUAACAAAAUAUGAAUGGAUUGAAAUUGCAAAUGAACUUGGUGAAAAUUUCACUUAUAAAAAAGUUAGAUACCAUUGGAUAUAUUUAUAUACCAUGUUAUUUUGUGAAAAACCUAUUUUAAUGUCAACAUUCAACUUAAUUAUAAUGGAUUUAUUAGAAAAAAUAAAUCCUAAGCAUUGGUCAGAUUUGAAUUGGAUAGAAAUAACUAAUUUAUUAUAUCCAGGUGCAAACAGUAAAGUUAUUUGUGGUUUUUUCCAUUCUUGGGUUAGUAAAAAAGUCCCAUCAAACAUAAAAGAAAACAUUAGAGAUACUUUGAUUUAUUUAAGAAAAUAUGAAGUGGAAAAACUACAACAAAGAAUCAAUAAAAGAGGCGAAAGAGAAUUUCCGAGGCUUACAGUUAAACAUUAUGAUUUAUUAGUUAAUAAUAAUGAAUAAAAAAAUAACUUACUGAUA